CAUAGUUAAUGAAGUCGAUAUUUAAAUGACAUCGGUAUUCACAGCAUCACCGUCUAGCGUUGGGUUCUCCUUGGGAUUUCUGCCCCGUUGAUCGAGAGGAAGCUUUAAGGAUGCUGUGGCCACUAUGCCUGUUUCUGUCGGUCACAUUUGCUACAUCAAACGCUUCAAUAUAUUACGAAGAUAACAGAGAACAUAUACUGGACCAGGGUGUCGAAGAACCAGGAAGUUCAGACGGAGUUGUAGACGACGGACCAUACAGUUUCAAAGAACGUCCAGAAAAAGAUGAAGGCCUUACCUAUGCACCCCGCUAUUAUGCUCAAUUUCCGGUUGACGAUAUGGAACAACCGGUUGUGAUUGGAGGAAAAGGUUACACAUUUGGUAGGCGUCCAAAUGUAUACGGAGGAUAUGGACUUGGCAAACAAAACGGACAACAAGACGAGUAUAUUUUAGACGAUGGUGAACCCUUAUAUAACUUCAACGACCGUGGCAAUAAAAUGGCGACUAACAAGAGAUACUUUGUGUUUAGAGGAGGGAGACAUCAGCUUGGGAAGAGACCAUUUGUUUUUGGAAGUGGUGGAUACUUUGGGAAAAGAGACGACGACGACGAUACUGACGAUAACAAAGCUACAGUAAAUAAACGGCCAUUUGUGAUGAGGGGCGGUUACAACUUUGGAAAAAGGGAUUCCGGUGAACCUGGAGAAACGCUACUGAAGCGACCAUUUGUCUUAAGCGGUGGCUAUAAUUUCGGAAAACGUGACAACGAUGAGGACCGUGUACAAAAGCGACCGCUUGUUCUAGGUGGAGGUUACAAGAUCGGUAAACGGCCUUUCAUAUUAGGAGGUGGUUAUAAGUUUGGAAAACGCAACAUUGACGACGGGGAACAAAUUAACACGAUCAAAAGAUUAUUCGUCUUAGGAGGAGGGUAUAAAUUUGGCAAAGGACCAUUUGCAUUUGGUAGUGGAUACAAAUUUGGUAAAAGAGAAGUUGGGGAUGACGAUGUACAAAAACGACCAUUUAUUCUAGGAAGUGGCUACGAUUUUGGUAAACGGUUCUUUGCUAUGCGCGAGGGACAUAUUUUUGCAAAACGUGACAUGAAGAAUGAUGAAGGCAAUGAAAUAGAGAAAAGGCCGUUUGUUUUAGGAGGAAGAUACAAAUUUGGGAAACGUCCAUUUGUCUUUGGAAGCGGAUAUAAAUUUGGAAAGCGUGGCAUGGGCGAGUUUGAAGACGAUGAAGAAAUUGAAAAGCGGCCAUUUGUUCUUGGAAGUGGUUAUAACAUUGGGAAACGUCCAUUUGUUAUGCGAGGUGGUUACAAUUUCGGCAAACGUGGUCUAGAUAAUGAAGGUGACAUAGUGGAAAAACGACCAUUUGUGUUUGGAAGCGGCUACAAAUUUGGAAAACGUCCAUUUGUACUUGGAAGUGGCUAUCAAUUUGGUAAACGAGCAGAUCCGGAAACAGAAAUUGAAAAAAGACCGUUUGUGUUGAGUGGGGGGUACAAAUUUGGAAAACGUCCAUUUGUGCUAGGAGGCGGAUACAAAUUUGGCAAACGCGCUGACAUGGCCAAAGAAGUCGAAAAACGUCCCUUUGUGUUAGGUGGCGGGUAUAAAUUCGGGAAACGACCAUUUGUUUUAGGAGGCGGAUAUAAGUUUGGAAAGCGUGAUAACCAAAUGCAUACAUCUGCAGGAGAAUCUCUAUCAGAAGGCGGUAAUACAGGCUUGGACACCAUAGAGGAAAUUACAAAACGUCUAUUAGCAUCCAAUUACAACUUUGAAAAACGCCCAUUUACGUCUAGUAAUUCAUUCAAACUUGGUAAGCGCGAUCCCGAGAUAACAGACUUCGAGGCAGAAACUACCAAUGACGAACUGCACAAGGCGGAUAACAGCAAUGAUCUCAGCCAACAUCCUACCGUAAAUAAGAGAAGUACCAUACUGAAGGGUUAGAGCUUGAUCGAGGUUAUUCCGACACACAUAAAUCCCGCAUUCAAAAGAGAUCUCUUCUCGGCGAUUGGUAAAAAAUGUAACGUUUUUGCAUUUCAACUUCCGGAAACAGAAUAUUCUAUAAAUUAAAAAAAAAAAAAUGAAAAUAUGUGAUGUUGCAAACUGUCUUUCUUUCAAAAAGUAGGAAACAAAUAAAAAACGAAAACAGUUUGAGAAACGGCGAGCCGCCAUUGAUGUGUUUCUUGUCUAUUUCUGGAGAAAAUAGAUAUUGAAUGAUUUACCGUGCCACUUUGACAUCAUACGUAACGUCAAUAAAUGCACGUGAGCGUAUUCCUGGUGAAAAAAUAGGUCAUAUUACUGAGCCGAUUGUAAAUGGACAGACAUAGUAUAUACGUUAAUCUCGCAGACUGUUAUGUUAGUGCUUCAACAGACAAGGAAACGUCCCACGCCCACGAAUUCAAAGCUGAUGAAAAGAACAGACUGGCCGUCAGAUAUCUUUGUGUCUUUCGUGUGUGUAUGUGUAUGUUUCCAGACAAUGUUCAAAGAUGUUGUAGUCAGCUAUUAUACAUUUGUCGACGUAGACGAACGAUAAAUUGAUGAGACGAUGCUGACUCAUAUGCUAUCAGUUUGUUUAGCGAGGUUGGAACCGUAAAACUAAUUAAUAAGAUUUUGUCAUUUUUGGAAUUGAUAGUGAGAAAUUUCAUUACUGUAAAAGUAUCUGUAAUAAAAUUUCAUUUUGGAUUGAAAACAUAAUAAGUAUCAUAGUUCAAAGGAUCUUUUAUCAUGUAAUGUUAAAAGUAAAGCAUGCAUCUUAAAAUGUGUAAACGCAAAAAGGCGUCUUAUUUCAAUAGUAUAGCAUUUCAUUUCAAAGAAACAUUCAAACAUGUAAAGACGGGAAAGACUUUUGGUGAAUUAUACCUACACAGUGAUGGGGGUGGGUGGCACUUUAUUUUUUCUAAUUUCCGAUCAAUCGUUUUCGUGUCAGUAUUGCACUGUUCAUGCAGCUCAUAAGUGUUCAUUGGUACCUUCCAUGUCUGGUAAAUCAUUUAGACUUGCUAAGCACGAUGAUUAUCAUGUGUUCAUUGGUACCAUAGAUCUUCGCAAACUCUUUAGCAGAUGAGCUAUUAAAUCCUCUACCUAGGGGAUUUACUAUCAGCCACAGACAGUAAGAAACUUUGAACAAAGAAAUGUUCAUAGGUGUAUGGCAGUCGUGUACACUCCGUAAAGUGAAUAUUCUAUAAACUCCUUCUUUGGUUAAACAUUAUGGUAAAACAACUGUUUAUUUGUGUAAAUCCUAGCUACAAGAUUAAUCAGGCAUUCAAUGAGGUUAGUCAAAUACUUUUUUAGAGUCGACUGACGUCUUUUCCGACGUCUAUAGAAAAUCCUGAACAGAAAUUGUUAUACGCAUUAAGCACUUGGAUGCUUUGCUAUUUUUUGUUCCAGAUGAUGAAAAUUCAGAUAAGUUAUAGUCUAUCCUAUAAAAUAGUUUAAUUCAUCUUUGUUAAAAUUUACAGCCUGAUUAUUUUGUCAAGUUACCUUCUUUCGUAUAUAUAUAUAUUUUUGGCAUUUUUCAUUAAAUGUGGGACUGCUAGUUAAUGUGCAAAGUGAAUGCUGCCGUGUGCACAGUAUAUUCCGGGAAAGGUUAUAUUGUACAUUUUAUUAAUAGGUAAAGGUUAAGUGUUUAUUGACUUUAGUCCAUGUUGUUAUUUGUUGUUUGGAUAAUUUCAAAUAGUUCUUGUUUAUGUGCUUGUGGAUAUUUUUUUUUUUUAUGUUUUCGUGAUUUUAUCACAAGUAUAAGUGAAUAUUUCGAACUUUUAUGUUUUCAGUGUUGAAAGGCGUUUCUCCGAAAGGACCAACACUGUCUGGAAAAACUGUUGACAAGUAUGCAUUAUGAUAGUUUAAGGUUUGGUUGUUAUCCCAUGAAAACAUCGCCAUGGCAAUCAUACGAGUCGACUCUGUAAUAACUCUGAUACUCGUUAAAUAAAUUAUUUAAUUAUUAAAUUAUUAAAAAGUAUUCAAUUUUGAUCAUUUAGAUAUGGUAUUUGAACUUUAAAGCUAAAAGUGCAUCGCAUUGUCAACGGAAACAGUGUUUCGUAAUUUCAAAAUAUUUUCUCCCUUGUUGAGUUCGUAAUACUAUAUUGAGUACUUUGAGUAUCCCCUUGAUAGGGAAACACAUAUCAAUUAUAAAAUUUUGUCUUAGAUAUGCUAGUAGUGCUUUGAUAAAUUAUUGUAUUUUUCCAAAAUAUGUCUUUGUUUUCGUUAACAUGAAAUGAAUAAAUUGAUAUC